UGUGCUUGCUGUGAAUUUCUGUAGUAUCUGGACUUUUUUGUACCAAAGGUGGUAAUACUUUCCUUCCUGCGAUUUUUUUUUUCCUUUUAUUUUGCAUAUAUUUUCCGUAAAGGGAAUGAAAUGGAGAAGUUGAAGAAAUCUGUAUCAGUGAACGAUGAAGAUCAGUUUUAUCAUCAGGGAGCUGUGGAGUUGCUAGUCUUUAACUUUCUGCUCAUUCUUACAGUAUUAACGAUUUGGUUGUUUAAAAACCAUCGAUUCCGCUUUCUACAUGAAACUGGAGGAGCUAUGCUUUAUGGCCUUGUAAUGGGAUUAAUUAUACGAUAUGCAACAAAAGCAUCAGAUGUUGAAAGUGGAACUGUUUAUGAAUGUGAGAAGCUGAAGUCUGGGCCAUCCACUCUACUUAUUAAUGUAACUAAUCAGGUCUAUGAAUAUCAAUACAAAAGAGAGAUCAGCCACCACAAUGUGAAUGGUCGCCAAAGCAAUGCAAUGCUUCAAAAGAUGACAUUUGAUCCUUCCAUCUUCUUCAAUAUUUUGCUGCCACCCAUUAUAUUUCAUGCUGGAUAUAGUUUAAAGAAGAGACAUUUUUUUCGUAACUUAGGAUCGAUUUUAACCUACGCCUUUUUGGGAACGGCCAUCUCCUGUAUUGUCAUAGGGUUGAUAAUGUAUGGUUUUGUGAAGGCCAUGAUACACCUUGGGCAGUUAAAAGGAUGGGAAUUCCACUUCACUGACUGUUUAUUUUUUGGAUCGUUGAUGUCUGCCACAGAUCCAGUGACCGUCCUUGCUAUUUUCCAUGAGCUGCAUGUGGAUACAGAUUUGUACACACUCCUGUUUGGAGAGAGUGUCCUAAAUGAUGCUGUGGCUAUCGUGCUGACAUACUCUAUAUCCAUUUACAGUCCUAAGGAGAAUCCUAAUGCGUUUGAUGCUGCUGCUUUCUUCCAGUCAGUGGGAAAUUUCCUGGGGAUCUUUGCUGGAUCAUUUGCAAUGGGAUCCUCUUAUGCUGUUGUGACAGCUUUAUUGACAAAAUUUACAAAGCUGUGUGAGUUCCCUAUGUUGGAGACAGGUCUGUUUUUCCUCCUAUCCUGGAGUGCCUUCUUAUCAGCAGAAGCUGCUGGUCUUACAGGUAUUGUUGCAGUCCUUUUCUGUGGAGUCACACAGGCCCAUUAUACCUACAGCAAUCUGUCACCAGAUUCCAAAAUGAGAACUAAACAGUUGUUCGAGUUCAUGAAUUUUUUGGCUGAGAAUGUCAUCUUCUGUUACAUGGGACUCGCACUAUUCACGUUUCAAAAUCAUAUCUUCAAUCCUCUUUUUAUAUUUGGUGCAUUUGUGGCAGUUUUUGUAGCAAGGGCUUGCAACAUAUACCCACUUUCUUUCCUUUUGAAUUUGGGUCGAAAACAAAAGAUUCCCAGGAACUUUCAGCACAUGAUGAUGUUUUCAGGUUUACGUGGUGCAAUAGCAUUUGCAUUGGCUAUUCAAGACACGGAAUCCCAGCCCAAACAAAUGAUGUUUACAACAGCACUGCUUAUUGUGUUUUUCACAGUCUGGGUAUUCGGUGGGGGCACAACACCAAUGCUCACGUGGCUUCAGAUCAGAGUUGGCGUAGAUCCAGAUGAAGAUCUGAAAGCAGAAGCUGCAACCCAGAGUGCAUCUAACUUGGAUAAAAAUACAACCAAAGCAGAGAGUGCAUGGCUGUUCAGAAUGUGGUAUGGCUUUGACCACAAAUACCUAAAACCUAUCUUAACCCACACCGGUCCACCUCUCACAACAACAUUACCUGAAUGGUGUAAUCCUGUUGCCAGGCUUCUGACCAGCCCCAGUGCAUACGGCGACCAACUGAAGGAUGAUGGCACAGAUUAUAUCAUAAAUAAUGAUGAAUUGACUGCAAACUAUGAAUCGUCUGCUCACAUACCCAUCUCAGCGCAGGACAGAACAGGCUCCACCCAGGCUACAGGCAAGGAAGAUAUUAAUGAAGGAGACCUGGGAUUAGGAGGGUACAAACUCCAGCUUGAGCAAACUGCAGGUCAACCACAGAUGAAUUCAAUGGCAUGAACAGCAUUAUGUUAAUAACAAGAAAUAAGACUAAAACAAAGAAAUAGAAGAUACUACUAUGUGAACAAGAGAUUAGAAAGUGUACUAAGCACAAAAAUCAAAGAAAACUUAGGUUUUACCAAUUAAGUGCCUGCUUCCCCAGGAAAGAGUUUACCAUCAUCCAUACACCUACAACAAUAUGCAGGUUUUCUGACUACAGCAGUUUUUAAUAAAAAGGUGUAGGGCACUGCCAUAGCCCACUGUAAAUCCAUUAAGUCAUGUGUUGUCUCAGCACUUGACUGUACCAUGCCCCUCACGUGUACAUAGGCCUUUGAAUGUUGCUUACAAUCAUUAGUCAGCUGGAAUGGAGAGAAACAGCUUCCAAACAUAUUCAUGCUCACAUGAUUACAGCACUUUUUAUAAAGCUAGUCCUGAACAGAUCCACAGAGAGCUACUCCUCCAGUAGUUAUUACAUUUAUAAGGAAGCUGCAGAAGAUUCUUUAUCCAAUGAGUAUGUGAUCUAAAAAUACUCAAAACAUGCAUUGCAGCACCCCAGUCCUGAUAGAUCAAGCUCCUUCAUGCUCACAGUAUAUAUUUGCUUUCUAAAUGCACCUUAUAGCUUAGUCCAUAUAGGGUUGCACCAGGCUGCCACAAACUGAACGUUGCUAGUAGGAGGCAUCGAAGUCUAGGAAAUCAACAACAGACACCGUUUUAUUGCUGCACUGAAUGGGCACGACCACUUUAGACAGCAGUUAUCCCAUAAUGCGUUUGCCAUUUCAGCAUCACAGCACCCCAAGCUUAUGUGCUGGGAAAAGCUUUGUUGUUUCGCAAGACCAUUCUAAAUGUAUGCUUUGAUUCAAGAAGUUGACUGUUUCAUUUUUUAUUGUUCAAGGAGAGUGAGCUGUUUCUAAUCAAAUAUUUCUGCAAAAUAGCUGUAUCCUAAGACUGGCUGCUCCAAGGAUAAAUUUGUCCAUCUCUGUUUAUGCUGGGCACUCAAUAUCACACUAGCAAUGAGGACAGUGGUGGUUAGCUGUUAAAAAAAAAAAACACCAAGAGGAGAGUUUAGGUAUGAAAGUAUUAACUGUGUCUGCAUAAAGACAGUAACUGAAUAGGCAACUGGUCAAACAUACAUACAGCUAGCUGCCAUCUACUGUCACCAAGCAUUAGCACAGAUCAGCUUAGGGCAAAUACAGGGAUAGAGCCAGGCUUUUGUUGUUAGAGGACAUAACUCUUCUCAGCACAGAAGUUUCAACUAACCAUGCACAAUAAUCUUCCUACUAAGUUAAACCACAAGGAUUUUUUAAAUAAGGUCAUUCUGACUAUACAAAGACAAUGAGCAAGCAAGAAAUUUGUGAUCUAUAAGAAUAAAAAUCAAGCCAUCUCUAUGAAUGAUCAUAGAGAUGAAUAGGUCUUGAUUUCACCACAG